UGAGGACAAAUGUAGAGAGAGGAGCGGAAAAGCUUCGCUGUCAGGUAGAGAGGUCGUUUGGAAAAUACAGCAAAUGGACGAGAACCAAACCGGUCUGGUCGAAAGCCUCAUAGUUUGGCUUCAGACUUUCAGUCUCUCCGCUCCCUGCACAAAAGUGGAGGACCUGACCACCGGAGCAGCAAUAUCACAGGCUCUUCAUCAAAUUGACCCAGUGUGGUUCAAUGAUGGAUGGCUCAGUCGUAUUAAAGCAGAUGUUGAAGACAACUGGAGACUUAAGAUGAACAACCUAAAGAAGAUUCUUCAGAUGGUGGUUGACUAUUAUAAUGAGACCUUGGCGCAGGACAUCUCAGGUUUCCCUUUACCGGACCUGGCUCUUGUGGCCGAACACUCUGACUCUGUGCAGCUAGGACGACUGCUGCAGCUCGUCCUGGGAUGUGCCGUCAAAUGUGAACGCAAACAAGAUUAUAUUCAGACAAUCAUGACUUUGGAGGAGUCUGUGCAGCAUGUUGUGAUGACAGCCAUACAGGAGCUCAUGCCCCCGUUUGGAGCUGAGCUGUCUGGGGACAUGGAACAGCAGCUUAAAAAGGCCCUUGAAGACCUCGCUGAAGUUGCUACAGAGAAGGAGGCUUUGGCCCAACGUUGUCAAGAGCUGGACAUGCAGGUGGCAAUUCUUCAGGAGGAGCGUAACAGUUUAUUGGCGGAGAAUGAUGUGUUGACGGAUCGGGCCAAUCAGCUGGACUCCUUUGACGACCUGAGCACUGCCUCAGGGAAGAAGCACAGUCUGUUACAGCAACAACUGGAAACCAUACAAGAGGAGAACUUCAGGCUGGAAGCAGCUAAAGAUGAUUACAGGAUCCACUGUGAGGAGCUGGAAAAGCAGCUGAUUGAGGUGCAGCAUCGAAACGACGAGCUCACUGGUCUAGCUGAGGAGUCACGAGCGCUCAAAGACGAGCUGGACGUGCUCAGAAACUGCUCUGACCGUGUGGUGAUGCUGGAGGCCUCCAUUGAAACGUACAAGCGUAAACUGGAGAACCUCGGGGACCUGAAGAGGCAGAUGAAGCUUCUGGAGGAGAACAACAUGACUUACAUGCAAAACACAGUUAGCCUGGAGGAAGAGCUGCGCAAAGCCAAUGCAGCCAGAGCACAGCUGGAGACUUACAAGAGACAGGUUCAGGAGCUGCACACAAAGCUGUCAGAGGAGACGAGACGAGCGGACAACCUAGCCUAUGAAGUGAAGAAACUCGAAGAGAAGCAUGAAACUGUACUUAAGGAGAAAGAGAGGAUCAUUGUGGAGCGAGACUCUCUCAAAGAGCUCAAUGAGGAGCUGAGGUGCACUCAGGCUCAGCAGCAUCAGCUCUCUCAAGCAGGGAUGCUUCCAUCGGGCAGCCCCAGCCAUGAGAACUUGGCAGCUGAACUAAUGCCGGUGGAGUACAGGGAAAAGUUCAUUCGUCUGCAGCAUGAGAACAAGAUGCUGAGGGUGCAGCAGGAGGAGUUUGAGAGGGAGAAGAUCGCAGGGCUCCAGUCUCAGCUCGAGGAGGCCCAUAAGAAUCGCAGUGAACUGGACACAGAGAUCAGGUUGAGCAGAGAGAGGGUCAGUGAGCUGCAACAGCAAGUGGAGGACCUUCAAAAGGCCCUGCAGAGUCAGGCAGCUAAACCAGAUGACUCCAACUUGAAACGGAAACUUGAUGCACAUAUGGUGCAGCUAAAUGAGGCUCAGGAUGAAAUCAUGAAAAAGAAAGAGCUCCUUGAGGACCUCCAGCCUGACAACACUCAGAACUCUAUGAAGGUGGAUGAGCUGAUGGCAGCUCUUAAAAAGAAAGACGAUGACAUGAGGGCAAUGGAAGAGAGAUAUAAAAUGUACCUGGAGAAGGCUCGCAAUGUGAUCCGAGCAUUGGACCCUAAACUAAACCCAGCCACAGCAGAGAUCCAGUCUCUGAGGAAUCAGUUAGCAGACCGGGACAAGCAGAUACUCAGCUUGGAGCGUCAAUGUGAACAGGCCAAAUUGAAGGAAUAUGAAGAAAAGUUGAUUGUUACUGCCUGGUAUAACAAGAGCCUGAACUUUCAAAAGCUUGCCAUAGAGUCUCGUCUUGGAGGCCGGGCGGCUCCUCUACUCUCCCCGGGACAGUCCUUCCUGUCCCAGCAAAGACAGGUGUCCAAUGCUCCUCGCCGCACGCUCUCUGUCAGUGUGCCUGCAGCAGCCGCAACCUCCAAGUAAACACUGUCCCAAAGUCCCUUGUUUAGAGACAAUCAGACCAGCGUACAAUCAAGUGGCCUUAAAGCAUGUCCUCAACACUCAGGAUGUGAUUUUGAAGAGCACUUGUGUAAUCAAAUUUAUCUUGCUUCAAAAAUCUAUAAUCUUCGCAUGUACAAGAACGCUUAGUCCCAUUCGUGGGUUAGAAGCUGUCCUGUACCUUGUCUACUGCCAAAUUAGUGCACUUCUGAUAAUCACAGCAAUUAUUUAAGCUUCAGAUUUUGUAGUGGUUAGGCUGAGUAAAUAAUUAAGCCAGAAUGUAUUUUUGUUUUUGUGUUGUUUUUUUUAGGUAAACGUGAAUUCUUUCACCGACUUAAUGUGAGCUAAAAUAACUAAAAGAUAAUUAAUGUAUGUACAAGUCGUUAUCUCUAUACUAUGCAGAAACCAAGAGUCCGACAGACUUUUUUUUUUUUUUAAUAAAAGUUAAAUGCUAUUUUGGUGCGGGUCACCUCAAUAGCUGUUAAAGUUUCCAUUUGAACUCAAUGACGUCCUAUAUGAAGUUGUCAAAUGUAUACAGUUGUAGGCUGAUUUUCAAAUACAAAAAACAUGUCUUUUCUAGUAGAUAUGGAGCAUUUCUAAAGAAAGCAUUAGUUUUAGUAAUGAAGGUAAUUGAAAAACAUGAGAUAAACACUAGAUUUUCUACCAAAUGUUGGUGAUAAUUAUCAAAUUAAAUGUUAAAAUGUUCACUUUUGUUACUUAAUUAGUUAAUAUAAACAAUAAACAAUGUUUUUGUAUGGUUGCUGAUAUGUGCUGUAUACGUCAUAUCAUUUCAAUGUAGCUGAUGAAGCCUGUUGUGUGAAACACUGUAAAAAGUCAUUAUUUUUCAUCUUUUUAUUAAUUUAAAAACAUGAAUUUCUUUGUGUGAAAUAAACUUUAUAAAGCAAUGCAA